AUGUUUGUCUUCAGUCGGCCCAAAUGGUUGCGUUUGAGGGAAGCAGGAAUUCCAAUCGGAGAAGCGCUACGGGCAGCCUGUUUGGAAGCCGACGUCGGCAAUUACAUUGAGCAAAGCGUCCGUGUGGCAUCUUCCCGCGCCCCAAAUUCUUCCAAGCACGAUCUCCAUCCCUCAAAGGCGAGUAUGCCAAUUUCGUCACCACCUCUCGCAUCCAUCGACGAAAGUCCAAUGGAAUUCGAAGAAACCAGGGCGUUGUCGGGUGAGGAUACUGCUGAUUUCUCAUCAGAGACUUCGUCAUGA